AUGUGCUUUGGAACGAGCGGCCGCAAGUACUACUACCACGAGGAGGUAGUCCCGACUAGAUACCACCACCACCACCACGGGCAUCACCACCACGGACACCACCAUCACCACGGCCACUCCCCGCGAGCGAGCUACACGAGCGUGAGGCGGUCCUACGUCGCCAGCAGCCCGCGCGUUAGCUACGUUGAGCCCGUGCUCUAUGAGCGGACGAGCCGCACAUACCGAUGA